AUGUCAGGUGACGAAUUCCGCCUUCAUCGCAAGAACCUUAUCGAAGUGUUCAAGCAAAACUCAAUAGAUCAUGGCAUUAUUGUAUUCAAAGGUGCCGAAUUGCGCUUAGAACCAUUUGCAGGCAGUGAUUAUCAUUUUUAUCAAGAAGGCAUGUUCUAUUGGAUGUCAGGAUGGGAGAAACCCGAUGCUGCCAUCUCAAUUGACAUUGCUACCGGACAAUCAACACUUUAUAUUGAGAAAUAUGGUGACAGAUACGAAAUCUGGACAGGACCAAUCCCAACACCAGAAUCCAUCAAGGAAGUUACAGGUGUAGACAAUGUCAAGUUCAUUGACGACCUCAAACAUGACAUUCAAGGCAAAGAUGUCUAUGGAGCCUUAGAUCAGAUCAAAAUGCACGAUCAGACAGCAUUACCAUCAGCUGCUGGCAUCGCAAGAAGGGCCAAGACACCAUACGAGAUCGAACAGAUCAAGAAAGCCGCAGAAUUAACUUCAGAAGCCAUAAUCCACGUAAUGAAGAAUAUCAAGCCAGGAUGGAGCGAGCAACAAGUAGAUGCCGAAUUUACUUACUACGGCUUCAAGAACGGCGCCAGAGAGAAAAGUUUUCUUACAAUCGCCGCAUCCGGCCAAGAUGCUGUUUAUCUCCACAACAGCGCUAACGAAGGUGUCUGCAAGGACGGCGACCUUCUUCUUCUCGACUGCGGAUUCUUCUGGAACCACUAUGCCGGUGAUAUUACAAGAACAUUCCCAGUUAAUGGCAAAUUCUCAGUAAUUCAGCGCAAUGUAUACUCAAUAUUACUCGAGAAGCAGAUCGAGCUCUGCAAUAUGAUCAAGCCAGGCCUUACUUUCGCUGAAAUGAACAAAACAAUGUUCAAAUACAUGUAUCAGUGCUUGGAAGCCAUCGGAUUGAUCAAGAAAGAGAUGACAGUUGACGAGAAGAACCAGAACGAGAUCGCAAGAGUCUUCACUCCCCACAGUUUGACUCAUCACGUCGGAUGCAACGUUCACGACGUAAACUACGAAAAAUCUGACUUGAUAAAGGACACAAACGAUGAAGCCAGGACUUGCAGACCAGGAAACAUCGUAACAAUCGAGCCAGGACUCUACUUCCACAAGACAAGGAUACAGAAGAUCAUGGCUGAGAAAUCUGCACCGUACUACGAAUUCGUCGACUGGGACUGGGCUUUGAAACUCGCUGACGAAGUCGGAGGAAUCAGAAUCGAAGACGAUAUGUUGGUAACUGAGACAGGAAACCAGAGACUCAGCCCUUGCCCGAAGUCUUGCGACGAAAUCGAACAGAUAAUGGCUUCAAGAGUACUUUGA